ACGGCGCGGCGGCGCGCGCGCGCGCGCUCUCGGUGCCCUCCUCCGUGACGUGCCUGGCCCAGGCCGCGCAAGGCCGCUCUAGCUGCCAGUGCCUCUGUCAUGGCGUCUGAGGCGCUGUCUGAGGAGAACCCGCCGCGGUCUCUUUAGAGCGAGGGGCGGGCGGCUGGGUAUGGAGAGCGGCCCCGAGAGCCUGCAGCCGCUAGAACACGGAGUGGCCGCCGGGCCGGCGCCAGGGACAGGUUCUCCGCAGGAAGGGCGACAGGAGACCAGGCUCGCCACUGGGGAUGGUCCUGGAGUAUGGGCGGCGGAGAGCAGCGGCGGGAAGGGGCAGGGGGCGGCAGCCGCCGGGAGGAGCCUCUCGGACUCGGCUUCUCCCGCCGGCUCGCCUCGGGUUCUCGUACCCUGCAGCUCCCUCCCGGGCUUGGACUUGAAGGGGAGCGAUUUGGAGACUCCUGCUGCCCAGAAGGCGCCUCUGACAGGGCAGCACAAGGUGACCGCCUCCCCGGAGGCAGCCGAGGCCGGAGCCGACCAUGAGUUGGGUCCGGCCGGAGACGCGGGCGCCCUCCCGGAUCCCGCCGGCACCUGCCGGGCAGAGUCGGCGGCCGCGGGCUCCGAGGAACCCAGCAGCGGCGGCGGCCUCAGCAGCAGUUGCAGCGACCCGAGCCCUCCCGGGGAAUCGCCGAGCCUGGACUCCCUGGAGUCGUUCUCUAACCUGCAUUCUUUCCCAAGUAGCUCCGAGUUCAAUAGUGAGGAAGGAGCUGAGAACAGGGUCCCCGAGGAGGAGGAGGGCGCGGCGGUGUUGCCCCGGGCUGUGCCUCUGUGCCGAGAGGAGGAGCAGGAGGAGGGGGAGGCAGCCCAGGUGCUGGCGGCCUCCAGGGAACGCUUCCCGGGACAGUCUGUUUAUCAUAUCAAGUGGAUCCAGUGGAAGGAAGAGAACACACCCAUCAUCACGCAGAAUGAGAAUGGCCCCUGCCCUUUACUGGCCAUCCUCAAUGUUUUGCUUCUGGCCUGGAAGGUGAAACUUCCACCGAUGAUGGAAAUCAUAACUGCUGAACAGCUGAUGGAAUAUUUAGGAGAUUACAUGCUUGAUACAAAGCCAAAAGAAAUUUCAGAAAUUCAACGUUUAAACUAUGAGCAGAAUAUGAGUGAUGCUAUGGCAGUACUGCACAAACUACAGACAGGCUUGGAUGUAAAUGUAAAAUUCACUGGUGUUCGAGUGUUUGAAUAUACACCAGAAUGCAUAGUAUUUGAUCUUCUUGAUAUUCCUUUGUACCAUGGAUGGCUAGUGGACCCUCAGAUUGAUGACAUUGUAAAAGCUGUUGGUAACUGCAGCUACAACCAGCUAGUGGAGAAGAUCAUCUCUUGUAAGCAGUCAGACAACAGUGAGCUGGUUAGUGAAGGCUUUGUAGCUGAGCAGUUUCUAAAUAACACAGCCACUCAACUGACAUACCAUGGAUUAUGUGAACUAACUUCAACGGUUCAGGAAGGAGAACUUUGUGUGUUCUUUCGGAAUAAUCAUUUUAGCACCAUGACCAAAUACAAGGGUCUACUGUAUUUGUUGGUAACAGACCAGGGGUUUCUCACUGAAGAAAAAGUUGUUUGGGAAAGCCUACACAAUGUUGAUGGCGAUGGAAAUUUCUGUGACUCAGAAUUUCAUCUGCGACCUCCUUCUGAUCCUGAAACUGUAUACAGAGGACAACAAGAUCAGAUAGAUCAGGACUAUCUUAUGGCAUUAUCUCUACAACAAGAACAGCAGAGCCAAGAGAUCAAUUGGGAACAAAUACCUGAAGGAAUCAGUGAUUUGGAACUAGCAAAGAAACUCCAAGAAGAAGAGGAUAGACGAGCUUCUCAAUAUUACCAGGAACAGGAACAAGCAGCAGCAGCUGCUGCUUCUGCUUCUACACAGGCCCAGCAAAGCCAGCCAGCACAAGCCUCUCCAUCGAGUGGCAGACAAUCUGGGAAUAGUGAACGUAAACGAAAGGAACCUCGAGAAAAAGAUAAAGAAAAAGAAAAGGAAAAAAAUAGCUGUGUCAUUUUGUAACAAGUGUGGAUCUUGUUGGAACCAUCUGUAUGUCUUCAGAAACAAAACCAUAGGAGGAAAGGAAGAAAAACCGAUAAAUACCGUCUGUGCCUGAUUUCCCAAUGGAUUUUGUUCAUGUUUUUCAGGGGAAAGGUUGUUACUUAGUUACAAUCAGACUUUUUCAAGUCACACAGUACACUCUUUACGAGCUGGAGUUUCAUGUUACAAGUUGAAAAUGCUGUGUGUUGUCAUUCAUGAAAAAUAAUGCACUUGUAGCCAAAUAAGCAAAUCACAGCAAAUUUGUGUCAUAGUGACAUUCAUAACUCAUAUCAGUUAGUAAGCUAUUUCAUCUUCUGUUCUAACAAUGAAUAGAGGUAAUUGAUUUUGUCUGAUUCCUUCCUCAAAUCUAAAUAUUAGCACAAUAAUUUCUGAAAUUAAUUUUUACAAUGUGAAAUUAUGAUCUAAUCCAUGAGAAACCAGGGGUUUAAUAUAGAUUUAAAAAGAAAAAGAAAAGACAAAAAUAACAAGAAUAAAUAACCCUCAAUUGUAUAUUGGACUAGUUCAGCCCUUGAACAGCUUUACCUUUCUUUAGGAAUGUACAUUUUAGAUAUAUCUUGAGAACUGAUAAUGGAGCUUGGAUUUAAUUUAGAUAGAAAAAAAAAGAUUUGUAUUUCUUUUCCAAUAAAAAAAAUUACAUAACACCAAUACUCAUCAAAAUCAAAUCUUAAUAACUUUGUAGUGUUAUAAAAUUUGAGGAAUUUUGAAAUCUUUAAUAUAGGUUACUUGGACCACAGUUACUAUUUAUUGAUAGUGUGAUAAGUGAGUAUAAAGAGGAAACCAUGUGGAUGCUAGGCCUUGUAAAUAUGGAGAUGUAGAAAUAGAAAAGGAGAUAGUUCAGUGUCUACCUUUUUCUAGAAUUACCUUGAACCUUAAAUUUUAAAUCAUGUUUAUUUUCUAGAAAAUUAAGUAUACUUAUUAAAACCAACAAAAAAGCACAUUUUUGAAAGGAUGUUAGAUAAUCUCUGAGUCUAGUGGAAAAGCAUUAGUAAAAAUCUGUUUGAGGAUAAGAAUUUGGAGGAAUUUAUGUAGAAGCAAUCAGAUUAUUCUAACUUAUGAGAACCAAAUAAACCUAUAACAUCUUAUAGUGUUUCUAGGAUUCAGAAAGAAUAUUUAUUGAACUUUAUUAUGAGGCAACACAUAUUUUCCUGUAUUUCUAUAGUUUGGAAAACUAUCCUUAAUAGUCCUUUUUAUAUGCUUUAUAUUUAAAAGUUUGUUUUAGUCAUUUUUGAAAAGACUAUUGCUGCUGCAAGUAGUUACGUGAUUUACAUUCUAAGCCUCAGUAAAUUUGUUUGUUCAAGAGCAUCUUAAUCUAACCUGAGCAUCCACUUGGAGAAUGCUUUUUGUGGUCUGGGGUGACAAAAGACUACAAAAAAAAUGUGGUCUUGAUUUCUUAAGCUAUGUCCUUAACAUUCUCCGUGAUCCAGGACCAGAUAUAAGAUAAAUCUAUAUGUAAAAAGUAAAGUCUUAUUUAUGGAAGAAAUUAUUCUAAGGGAAAUAUCCAGGGUCAAGCUGUAUCUUUUACAUCCUUCUAUACUGCAUGUCUGUUUAUGUUAUACCAUUUGUUAUCCCUUCAAAUUUCAUACGCUAGCAUGAUAAGUCAUCAGAGAACCUGUUUGGGGUAUAAAACUUUCAUACAAAAUAUUUGGUGAGUCUCUUGAUAAUAACCCAGAAUAUGUGUAUAUUGCUAAAGUAAUCAAAUGUACUACAGAAUUCUCUAUUGGCUCAGACAAGUUGAUUUUUAGGCCAAGUUUAUUCUUGAUAUCACUCUGUUGGUUAAAGGAGGAAACUCAAACCUCAGGGUUUGGUUUUCCCAGAACAGAUAGUAGUGACAGUGCAUUAUAUUUUAUUAAGAAGCAAAACAAUAAAUCCUGAGAAAUUUUAAAAAACAUAUUUGAGGCAUAUUUUUCCAUAAUUAUAUACUUAACUAUUUAUUGCCCUUGAAAAAUAUAUGUGUAGAAGGUAUUCUUCUGUUAAUUGUUACUGUCUUAAUUUGUUCCAAAGAUAACACUGCCAUUCUGCAGUCCCAUUAGAAGAAAAAAAAAAAAUCACUCAAAACCAGCAGUGCUGCUAUCAGAUAAGUAAAUGUCAGUGUAUACUUAUAAGAAAUAACUAAGAAAUGUAAUGUGUUUGUUAAUUCAACCUUUUUCUAUGUAAUAUUUCCCAGUCAGGCUUUCUUACAUUCCUGGAAUUCAGUUUGAUAUACCAAGAGUAAUAAUGAUAAAAUGUUUACUUUGAAUACUGUGGGGGAAAAAUUAAAUGUUCCAUUCUAUUUAAAAAAAAAAAAAAAAAACUUCUGAGAGAUACUGUUUUCCCAUCCUUGAAAGUUAUAAAGAAUUUAGAGCUAUUAUGUCUUUAUUUUGCUCAAGUCAACAAAUUGCAUAUUCAGACAUUUCAUUGUUGGUUUAGGUACACUGGAAUUUGAUAGUGGUAUAUUAAAGUCUUUCCUUCACAGUAUUUUGUAAUGCUUGAAAACUGUUACAUGUGCACUGCUAGUAGAAAUUAGAACUUAAACAUUUUUGUUUUUAAGAUUUAUAGGCUAGAUUAGAGACACAUUUGCAUCAACCAGUCACCUCUUUUGCAACCAGAGCUAGCAAAAGAAGCAGAUGAAUGAAUGGAUAUGGUCAUUGAACUGUCUGAUACUUCAAAGACUUUUCCUUAAGGUUAGUGACCAGUCUUUGUUAACAGUAUGAAAAUUUUCUUCAUGUUAAUCCCAUUGAAUCAACAACGCUGUGAUUUAUAAUAUGUUAUCAACACUAAAAAAUGCAUCGUGUAUAUGUGUGUGUGUGUGUGUGUGUGUUUCUGAAGCAAGGAUCCAUGACUUCUAAUAGAUUCUCAAAGGAGUCUCAGAUUUAAGAAUCAUCAUCACCAAGCUGUUUGAGGCAGCUAAAAUUGGAAUUGGCUGCUUCCUAUAAUAUGCUGUUUCAAUGUGCAUAGGUAAAGUAACUUAUUUCAUGUUUCAAGAUGUGAAGUUAGUAGUUGAAUGAGACAUAGAUUUAAGGUUAGGAUUAGUCUUUGGAAUAUAUGUAUAUAUUUUUUGUCUAAAAUUUCUAGUAUUUGACUACUUAUGUUUUGAAUUCUUCCUCAUACUUCUUGAUCUCAGCUUAAUUAAGCAAGUUACUGUCAGAGAUUAGUUGACUGAACCCAACAUUAACCAUUUUGUACUUUCACAAAACCUUAACACUUUGUUUUUAAUGAAUCACCAACUCAGUUCACUAAGAGACAGAAGAUCUUGAGAGGAAAGAGGACUAGAAGUAAAAUAUAUAUUUAAGGAAAGAACUAUCAUAUUAAUGUUGGCAUAUAAAGCAGAUAUUUGUAAAAUUCUGCUGGAGAAAAAUCAAGGCAAGAAUUUCUAGAACUGUCCUAAAACAAUCUCAUUUAUUUAAAAUUUUUUUUAAAAAAAGCAAAAAGCAAAUUGAUUGUAUUUCACUUAACUUUCCUAUUCAAUGGAGUUAUUUUAAAACAUGAUGGAAAGCUUAUGGCUUUUACCUAUCACAGAAUAUUUGGGCAUACAACUUAAACUAUAAUAAUACAUUUACUAAUGUUUGAUAAAAUAAGAUGGAGGCAUUAAAGAUGGCAUAUAAUUUGUAUUUUAAGGUAUGGGAAAUGUGAAAUUCUGAAUCAUUUUGUCUAAAAACCUGGCUUUUAUCUUGCCUUCGGCAAAUUUACCAUGCCUCAAUUUACUCUAAAUAUCUAAAGGAUGCUCAUUUUUAGUGCUUUGCACCUUGGAAUAAAGGACAUAGUAUAAGCACAGGGUAUUAUUGAAAUAAUCAUAAGUAUUACACACAUCUUUUGUUCUUGAAUGUGUAGAUUUUUUCCCCCAAUGACAAUAUUUCUAAAGCCAGUUUUUUGUUUUUUGUUUUUUUAAUGCUGUCAAAGUUUGUAAAAUUAUCUUGUCUUUGAGCAUGGCACCAUCUCUUCCCCCAAUUUUUUUUUUUUUUUUUGCUGUGCUGCACAGCAUGUGGGAUCUUAGUUCCCUGUCCAGGGAUCGAACCCGUGCCCCCUGCCAGGGAAUUCCCUCUUCCUCAAAUGUAGUAUUUUACAGUUGCUUUUGUGUUCUGUGGGCUAUAGGAUCAAAACCAAGAGUAUUUUGGGAGUAUAAAAGCAUUAAAAAUCUAUUUUUUUUGAUAUCUUUCAUAUUUCUAAAUAUUUAGAUUCUCUUUGCCUCUUCAUGGAACAAAGUACAAUGGGAUCAGGUUACUAAUACAUAUAUGUAAACAUUUUUGCAUGGAUGGAAUUCAUUUAGAUCUCUUAGUACUGUCCUUUUUAGGGCUAUUUAAAUUAUUUCUGUUUUUUAAGUGUAAAAUGUUAUUUGAUAAUAUACAGUUAAAUUUCUUUUAGAAAGUGACCGAAAAUAGUAAAAUAACUAACCAGAACCAGAGUUCUUAGGUCCUGUAGUAAUUGAGUGUCCUUUUUUACUGAUGUCCAACACUUCUAAAGCUCUUGGGAAAACAUAAAAAAUUGUGGUUACUCUUCUCUAGUGACACUUUAAAACUAAAAUUAUAAUUGAAGGCUUCUUGAACAAAAUAUACUGCAAUAUAGAGAUAAUACAGGCUAAGGGACAAAUUGCAGGACCCUGAUAAGUUUAACUGAUUCUGAAGAUCUGUCUAAAUUUUAACUCAUGCAUGUCUUACUUAAUCCCAUUGUUUCUGCCAUUAGAAAUUAGAGUUUAAUUAAUUGCGAUAGACAUAUAUAUUUUUACAUGAAGGAUUCUAGUUUCUAAUUUCACUUUUCUGAUCUCAAAAAAAUUCAACUCAAAAAACAGGGUAAAAGUCUUCAGCUAUUGCCUCAAGUUUAGCUUUAUCCUGUUGAGCUGAGAAAGGACGAGAUUUAUAUUUGUCUGCUUAUAAUAGAUUUUUUUUAGGGCAUGGUACUAUCCCAGAUAAGGUGUUGAAAUACCAUGGAAGAAACAUAAAACCUAAGCUUUAAACCACAGUAGAUUUAAAGAACAAAAAGUUGUAGUAUUAUUCUAUAAUAUCUCUACUUCAUCUGAUAUUAAUUCUAAGAAUUCCUUCAAAUCACUUAAUAAUUUGUCACCAUUAACUUUACAAACCUUAUAUCUAUCCUAACUGUAAUAUCCUAUCUUGAGAGGCAGGGGUGCCUCAUAGAUUAGAGGGUGGACAAAGCAAAAUUCUUCUGAAGGUGAUCCUGGCUUAUUUGGCUCUAGUAGGCACAGCUUUAAUAGGAAUUCAGGAAAGUGAAAUACCUAUUUAAAUUCCCAAAUCAGUGACCUGUCCAAAUGAGCAUUAUAACUGAAAUACCCUGCAGAGCAGUUCUAACUAAUGAAAUGUGUUUUAAGACUAAGAUUGGCAUUUAAUCUGUCCUGUGUGUCUCUCAGUUUUGUCAGUUUUUGUUGUUUUUUACAUCGUGGUUGUAUGAAAUAACCAUUUUUUUCCAGGGUAUAUAGAUGAGGAUUUGAAAAGCUUCCAGUAGUUUUUGUUAAAAUGCUAUCUUCUCAGUAAAAUGACAACUAUUGUUUUCACACAUCCACAUAUCACAAGUAGGACAAUAUGAUCAGAGAUUGAUGUAUGAUUGCUACCCAACAAUCAGCAAAAGGGAUAAUCUUCACUUGUGAAACUUCAGAGGUCCCCUGAAAGUCAUUUCCUAAAGUUAGUGCAUGUGAGUCUUUUUUCCUUGAAUUGUGCAGAAUAAUUGGCUUGUGGCACAUAUUUGGAGGACUGCAAGUGAAAUGGUAUAAUGACUGCAGAGAAAGUGAUCUUGAAAUACAACAAGAAAAAACAAAUUUUCUUCUUCCACUUUAUUGCCCAGCUAUUUGGGUCAGGAGGUUGCUAUGAUAGAUCUCUAUGCCAGGCCAAGAAUGGCCAAUUGAAAUAGAGUUCUCAAAGAGUUUAAAUAUAUAGAUUGUGUACGAGUGCCUAUUUUUUUUUUCUCCUCCUUUCCUUUACUAUCUUAAUGCCCUUUCUACUUCUGAAAUAAUUCAUCUGUUUUGCUUUAUGACCAGCUUUAAUUCUAGUUGUAGAAUAAUAGCAACCCUAGAGACUGAUAGAAAAGAGCAUUGAAAUACAUUUUUUGGAUAAAGAUACCUAAAAGCAUCUACCCAGCUUAGGGUUGAACUGAAUUUCUAUGAAAGAAAGUUAUUGUUUUAUAUGCUAAUUAUGCUAAAACUAUUUGAUUUUAAAAAGUAAGUCUUAAGUUUCAGAAGUUUCAUUUUUGGAGGAUACUCCUAAAAAGGGCAUAUUGAACACAGAUGGGAAAAUAUAAAAUAUUUCCGAAAGAAUUAUUCAGUAUUAUUCAACGUUUAAUUUCAUGUUUGUUAUUGUACCACAAGGAUAGCGUCAUUCUUGGAUUAAAAUGUUGGAUUUUUGUUAAUAUACUUAAAUCUGUAACCAGUGGUAACACCCUUAGUAUUUUUUAUUAUAGAUUAUAUUUUAUUUCAAUAAACUUUG